CCAACACCUCACUCUCGCGCCUCGUUUUCGCUCUUCUCCAUCCAUCGACGGGGGGAGCCCUGUGGUCCAUUGGCAGCGAUGGCGCCUUCUUCUUCGUCGUCGUCGUCUGCAAAUGGCGGGGCCAAGAAGAAUGGGCUUAUAUCGUCGUACUUUGCUCCCAAGGGCGCCCCUCCAGAUGCGAGCGCUUCUUCAAGCAAGAGCGUGGCGAGUGCGCUGCAAAAAAAGAGGCCACCUUCGCCUUCGCCUCCGCCUGCUCCUGCGAGAAGCAAGCUGCCAAAGACAAGUGUCGAAGGCAAGGACGGUGAUGGGAGUGGAGUCAGCAGAAUGGACCGAUGGAAGCUUGGCAGCGCAGCAGCGACCGCGCCCCGACCAUCAGCGGCGAGAAGACCUGUUGCACGCGCUGAGCCAGAGGCCAUCGACGUCGACAUCGAGAGCGGCGGUGACGACGAUGACGAUGCUGGAUCAGUCUCUCCCAUGUCCGGCGUGGAGGAAGAAAUACCAGCAGCGAGUCGGUUUGAACGCUUUGCUGCUACCCCAGCACCAACUCGGUCCAGUAGCAAGGGCAAGGAGGUGGACAAGGAUGUUGCGAACAAUGACUCAACGAUGCUUGCGAUGCUGAAACGCAACAGAAAGGGCCAGCUUAUCGCCCCCGAUGGUACACCUUAUACGCCCCUGGAGACGCAGUACCUCGAACUGCGCAGGCAGCAUCCCGGCGUGGUGCUGUGCGUCGAGGUUGGCUACAAGUUCAAGUUCUACGGUGACGAUGCCCACAUCGCCUCGCGCGAGCUCAACAUAGCCUGUUUCAAAGACAAGCAUCUCUGGUCGGCCAUCAUUCCCACCCACCGCCUCCACUACCACGUCAAACGGCUUCUCGCUGCCGGUCACAAGGUCGGCGUGAUUCGCCAGACGGAAACGAGGGCGCUCAAGGCUGCGUCGGCCAAUGCGUCCAAGCCCUUUGCGAGAGAUCUCACGGAGCUCUACACAGCCUCGACGUGGGUUGACAGCCUGGACACCGGAACAGGAGCACAGGGUGACCCGGAAGAGACGAUUGGCAAUCCGAGCGCGACGAGAAGCCUCGUCUCCAUUGUGGAAAGGAGAGAGGGCGCCAGUGGGCCAGACGAGAGGGUCUCCAUUGGCCUCAUCGCUAUUCAGGUUUCGACGGGCAUUGUGACGUAUGACCAAUUUACCGACGGGAAUAUGCGGCCGGACCUCGAGACUCGUCUGGCCCACCUGCAACCAGCAGAGAUCAUUGCGCCACCCUCGGAGUCGCUGUCCAAGCAGACGGACAAGCUCAUUAAGUACAUUGCAGGACAGACCAGUUCCGGCUCAGCAGGCAAUGGCAUCGACAGGGUCCGAUUGGAGCGCAUCGAUGCGUCUCCCAGCUUCAACGAGGCUCUUUCGGCCGUGGGCGAUUUUUACGCAAAGCAAGGCAUGGAAAAGGAGGAGGCCAAGACGAUGGGAAAUCUGACCGAGAAGCCGAUGGAUCCAGAAAAGAUUCUCUCGGUCGUCGUGCACCUUCCCCAGCUCGCCCUCGUGGCUCUGGCUGGAGCCAUCAAGCACCUAGAGACAUUCGGCCUGGCCUCCAUCUUUCGACUGGCUACCAACUUUGCCAGCUUCGGCAGCCGGAACGAGAUCCUGCUUAGCGGCAACACUCUCUCCAACCUCGAGAUAUUCCGCAACAAUACAGACGGACGAGAGAAGGGCUCCUUGCUCUGGCUCCUUGCCUCGGGCUGCAAGACAUCACUGGGCAGAAGGCUCCUCAAGCGGUGGCUCGGUCGGCCUCUGACCAACAUCGAAGCUCUCUCCCAGCGGAGCGAGGCCGUUGGCGUCCUAGCGGAGGGGACAACUGGCAAGUCAGACAGUCAAACGCUGCACCUGGUGGCAAAGAUACCGUCAAUGCUCCAGAACCUGCCAGACCUUGAGAGAGGCCUUGCUAGGCUCAGCUACGAUCGAGCGACACCGACGGAGCUGGCCACGAUCUUCCUCUCGCUCAAUCGGCUCACGCACGAAUAUGGCGCAGACGAUGUGCCGGAGGAAAUGAGGUCCAAAGUGCUGCAGGAUGCCUUCGCCUCGCUUCCAAAGGGCAGGCAGCUCGUUGAAGAGACGCUGUCCGCCAUCUCGAUUUCAGAGGCGCGCAAGAACGACAAGCGGAAUCUUUUUACUGAUCCAGACCGUUACCCGGCUGUCCAAGACGCAAAAGAUCUCAUCGCUGUUGUUGACAGCGAGCUCGACGAGCACCUCAGCGAGCUGCGCAAGUUUCUUCGCAAUCCGAGACUCAAGUACGCAACGGUGGCCCAAGAAGAAUAUCUGAUUGAGGUGCGCACAACGCUGGCAAAGGAAAUGCCCGAGUCGUGGCAACGUAUCAACAGCACCAAGGCCUAUGUCCGCUACCGCACGCCAACGAUUGUCGAUCUCAUGAAAAAGAGGAACCAGCUUCAGGAGACGCUCGACAAGGAAGCCGACAGAGCGUUUGCCCUCUUCACGUCAGAGCUCUGUGAGAAGCACUACUCGCUCCUGAGAAGCAUGAUAGUAGGCUUGGCCACACUCGAUGCACUUGCUAGCCUUGCUACCGUGGCGACACUGCCGGGAUACUCAAGGCCGGCCUUUGUCGAAGGGGGAGACUGUCUCGAGCUCGAGGGUUUCAGACAUCCCAUGACUGAGACGUUGCAAGAUGACUACGUGCCCAAUGACAUUACACUGGGUGAGGACUCGUCCGACGGUGCGCGCGGUGUCCUUCUCACCGGCAGCAACAUGGGCGGAAAAUCCUCGACUGUACGCGCCAUUGCUCUCAUCGUUGUCAUGGCCCAGCUCGGCUCCUUUGUGCCCGCCACCUCGGCCAAGCUGUCGUUACGCGACGCCGUGCUGACGCGCAUGGGUGCCUCGGACGAGCUCGCCAAGGGCCGAUCCACGUUUAUGGUCGAGGUGCAGGAGACGUGCGACAUCAUGGCUGUCGCCACGCGCCGCAGCCUCGUCAUUCUCGAUGAACUCGGACGAGGGACGAGCACGCACGACGGCACGGCCAUUGCUGAAGCCGUCCUCGUCCACCUUCUCUCGAGGGAGCCGGAGCGCCAGCCGACGCUCUUUUUCGUCACGCACUUUGCCAAUCUGGGCAAGUGGACCUUUGACCAGGGCGGCGAGCUGGCACUGCGCGGCAUGCACAUGGCCUACCUCGAGAAUCACGCCGAAGGCGAAGAAGGCUUCUCGGCCACCGAGGAGGACGGCGACGAGAUUACGUUUCUGUACAAGCUCAAGAGCGGGUUGGCCAGAAAAAGCUUUGGCAUCCACUGUGCGCGCCUGGCGGGCUUGCCAAAGGCCCUCACGGUCAAGGCGAGCGAGAUGGCCGACGACAUGGAGGCCGGCGUGAAGGAGAAGAGGAACAAGGGAGAAAAGCGGAGGCUGGUCAGGGUCUGGAAGCGGCUGAUGGAGGGAGAGUCUAUCGAAGAGGGCGAAGUGGACAGAGUCUUGAAGCGAGAAGAGUAAUAAUGUAUUUUCUGCGGUGCGCUCAUCCCCUAUCAUGGGAGACGGUAAUUAAUGGGUCGAUGU